GCUGAGUGAUACUUUGUGUCCGGAGCCAUGGCGCUGACCGGGGGGCCCGUCCCCAGCACCCAGGGGCUCCCCCCCAGCACCCAGGGGCUCCCCCGAGCCUUCCUGCACAGCCUGCGGACCCUGUUCGACAUCCUGGAUGACCGGCGGCGGGGGGCGGUGCACAUCACGGAGAUAGAGAGCCGCUGGCAGGGGGCAGAGACCCGGGAGCUCCCCCCCGGGGUGCUGCACUGUCUGCGGAAGGUGGCGCCCCCCGACGGCUACCUGACCUUCGACCGCUUCGUCCUCGGACUCCGAACCUCAAUGCUCAAUAGCCACAACCGGGAGAACUGCCAGGCGGGGGCCCCCAGGGGACCGUGCAAGCACCCCGGCGGCAAACCUGCCCCUCUGGGGGUCCGAUACAUGAACGGGGUCCGGGAGAACCCCCCGCAGUGUGAGAGCUCGGCCGCCGCCUACCGGGGAACCCCGGGACUGAGUCACGGAGGGGAAGUGAAGCCCAUGUGUCGAUCGCACAGCGAGACCACCAGCGAGGGCCUGGUAGACCAGUGCCGGCAUCAGCGUAGCCGAGGGGAGCACCGAAGGCACACCAUCACCAACGGGGUGGAUUAUAGCAUGCUGAAAAAAAUGAAGGAAUUGGAGCAAGAUAAGGACUUUCUGAUUCAGGGUCUGGAGAUGGUGGAACGAGCUCGUGAAUGGUACCACCAGCAAAUCCACACUGUACAGGAGCAACAGAGAAACCUUGGAAAGACCCGAACGGAUUAUAUUUGUGAUGGUGUCCAUGGAUCUCCAUUCUCAUUGCUCCCUAAACUACAGGAAGUUAAUCGUUGCCUGAGUGACCUCAUCGCUCCUGGAAAGGCCGGUACGGUGUACCUCUCAGUUCCUGGUGGCCAACCGGUGCCUCUGGAUACCGUAGUAAGGCAACAAACUAUCAACAUGUUGAAGGAGCAGAACCGACUUCUGACAAAGGAGGUGUCGGAUAAGAGCGACCGAAUCACGCAGCUAGAGCAGGAGAAAUCGGCUUUAAUAAAACAGUUGUUUGAAGCGAAGGCUCGAAAUAACCCAGACACCAGCCCCAUGGACUCUACUUUUAUUUAGCCGAUUCAGGACCAUCUCUGCUUUGGGGAGGAACUAUUUUUUUUGCACAUUUUGACCAGAGCCUGUGCCCUGUGCUGUAUGGGGUGGAAGUAUGCUUAGUGCACCUGCUGCGUAAUACAGC